GUUGCUGCUCAUUUGAUUGCUGGAAUCACAUCACUUGAUGUGGAGCCUCGAAUAAAGCAAUAUAUGAGGAUUUGGUUUACAGUCCUAUGUUGUUCCAAAGUUCAACCAAAACUGCGCACAUGACUGAGAAGAUGGACGUCAAAGAGACAGGUGUACCUGGAAAUGAAGAGAAUAAUAAAUGAAGAUAAAUAGACAAGGUGACGUAAUUCUGCGUUUGCACCUUAUGUGACAUUUUUCACGAUAGACUCUUAAAUGUAGCCUAUCGGAAAUGUUAUAACUUCGAUCCCUCUGCUACACAUGUCUCGUGUACAGAGCGCACUUCCUGCGCAGUUCUCCACUGACAGUCCCUGGCACUGAAGUGGACGCGUUGGGGCUGCCACGGGAACGCACAGUCAAGCCACAAGAUGCGCACUGGGCGCUCCAGCUUGGGAGGAGCUUCGGGAUUUUCCCCCUCGUUUCAUACCACACUCGAGUGAAGACUCGUUUGCAAAAGGAGAUAUAGUGGAAAAAGGUGAGUCCGAGAUCAUUCUGAUAGCUUUCAUGAACAGUUCGGUGACGAAGAAAUGUAACGAUUUAGAUUUUUCUGUUCUGUUGUUGCUGCGUAACUUGUGCUGGUCAUCAAAACCUUUAUAUGUGCGUAAUUUGGAAAUGAAGGAAACAAAAGAAUAAGAACAAAAUAGGAAGGAUAAGAGUGUAUAUGAGUCGGGGACUGACGAUUUGCACCUGUCGAGUCGGCUGGGUGGGCUUGGAGAGCUUGUUUGGAGAUAAUUGAACGCGCGCUGUUCUCUAAGUUAAUUAAACGAGGCUAAACUACGCUCAAACGAAACAUCAGUGCAUAUUCAAUUGGAGGAAAUGUUUCUUAUUUUAAUUAGACGGCGCAUAGUGUUCUUAACAACACGGUUGUAUAGUGGCGUCUUGCUCCGGCGGGUGUAUAGUGACAGAUUGCUUGCUGGCACAAGCCUGUCUCAAGUCACGGAUUACCUCCGCUGAUCAGAAAAUGGUACUUUGACAAAUUACUGAUGCUUUGUGGAGUGCACAUGUCGCCUGUAGUCAGCCUGGCAAAUCCACGGCCGUGUGCUGCUGUGUAGAGGGUUGCUCCUGUGGCAGAGGGAGCAGGCAGGCUGUGCGCACCUUUGGUUUCAAGGCUGUGUAACACUUGUUGUUACUGACCAGAUUGCAAUGCUCCUUUACCUUUAUAGUCGUACAUGUUCACGUUUGAACAUGAUCUAUCCACCUGAUGUUUAUCCUCCUCUCAUAGUUUACUUAAAGAACCCAGAGUUUUUAUCCUGUCAACAUUAACAGACACACACAUUUCCGAGGAUUGUCGUUUGAAGUAAAUUAAAGAAAGAGAGCAACAUGAAUACUGUCAAAGAUAGGUAUUGCAACGCAGCAAAUUUACAGAGUCCCUAUUUACCAUUCCAAAAGAGUUAAAUGAUGGGGAAAAACAGCAAUCACUAAACCAAAGUCAGAAACAAAACUGGCUGCAUAUUUCCAAUAGUGUCAUCAAAGAAAUGACCUCUACCUGGAUGCUGUCGUGUUUAUCUCAAGACUCUGAAAACUUCAGGGACAUAUAGGCACCUUAAAAUUGUGUGCAAAGUCAAAGUCAUCCAAGAAAGAAAAAGAAAACUUCAGAGUUCUUAUUGCACCCACAAAUGAAGUUCUUUAGACCCAGAGUCGUUACAGAUUUGAUAAAAGCCCCUGGCCGAGUCUAGUGUCACUUAAUUUAAUUAGCAUUCAUCUGUUUAAUAAGGUGGCCGAGCCCUAGCUGUUACAUAAGAUUCAAACAUUAACAGUCAUUUUAAACGUGAAGCCACAAAUUGUUCCCCUCGUAUUCAGCAGGAGCGCACAGCCCCUCACAGGUAAAUUGAUAGAAAUAACAUGAUAAUGAAUAUCAGAGAGCACCUUGAAAAUAGACAGUUUCUUCUUGGCUUGUGCAACAUGUUCCAGCAUUGAUCAUUCUAGCAAGAAUAAGACAUGUUUCAUGCUAUUGCCUUUGUACGAGGUGCAGACUGUGAAUGUGAGUGGUCUCCAGCUCUAAUGAGGCAGCUUUGAACAGUCGUUAUAAUGGCAAAGCUGUUCAUGAGAAACUGCAGGUACAAAAUGCAGAACUAAUGCAACCAAGUGAACAGUUUCACCAAGGCUGAAUAUAUUCUCAGUAAACAGUAAAUAAUACUAGGUGGAAACAUUGAGGUUUUUAUCUAAGAUGUUUGGCAUUGCAGAGGAUUAGGAUUGUGUGCAAAAAGAGCAGAUUUUCUAUAGAUUACAGUCUGUUACCAAAAUGCAUCCCUUUUAUCUUCUUAGCUUGUCAGGAUCCUCUUUUCCUCAAUGCAAUCUUGCUCAAUUGUUCUAAUAAUGAGGCUGCUUUCAUUUGAGAAUUCUUUCAUCUCCUUGAUGGCACUGUUUAAUUUCUCAUAUUAAACACUAAGUGUCUGUGAUAACAGUAUAACAUUCACAUUGCACGCCCCCAGUUCCAGGUAAUGUGAAUAGAAUAGUAAAAUGGUUGCAUUGUAUGUUGUUUCCGGACGGAUUACAUUAGCAUUUAGGUUUAGUGAGAGGCUUUUGCACUUUUUUGUGCCACAAGAAAAAACUAGAAAAUUUGUAUCAUGCAACUUUGUUUUUACAUUUAAAGGAUGAUUGUGAACAGCUUUUUUCUUUAAAAAGAAGAAAAAAAUGAGCAAGAAGAUAUUCAGACCCAGAGACCCAGGGUUCACUCCCCAGCAGCAACUAACUUCCAGCUUGGUCAUGCAUUCAAGCGUAUACAAGUGACAGCUUUUACUAGUGGAGCCAGUGAGGGAUCAUGCACCAUAAAGUCACACUGUGUGUUUGAGGACAGAUGUAAAGCGAGGUAUACUCAAAGAAACACCCUCCUGUGGUGACACUAUUUGAACCUGACAGUGAAGUCGGCAGUGACAAUGAAUUCAGAUCAGGGGUUUUAUCAGAGGUAAUGAAUAAACACCUCCAGCGCGAGUGCUGUUCUGAGUGAAAACCUUUACAGUUUCCUUUCACGCUUUGAUAAAAUCACUGUUCCGCCUGGUUUAUGUCAGAAAAGGAAUUUAUUUCACGUUUUUUCUCUCUUAAGGUGUUGGCUCGGCCUGGAGCUACCAUCUUCCUUUAAAAUGAGCCCACCAGACAUGUCCAACAGCACAAGUGAAGGGGAGGAGGGUGAAGCAGAACCCCUGAGUCUUCUCAACAAAAGCAUGGAUUUUCACACACCUGGUUUCCACACUGACAUCACCAAGCACCUUGGAGUCCAGAUCACUUUAAUCACAGCCUAUUCUCUGAUCAUCCUGCUGGGGUUACUGGGGAAUUCUCUUGUCAUCUACAUGAUUAUUCGCUACAAAAACAUGAGGACUGUCACCAACUUCUUUAUUGCCAACCUGGCCCUGGCAGAUCUCUUGGUGAACACUCUCUGCCUGCCCUUCACGCUGGUUUACACUCUGCUGGAUGAGUGGAAGUUCGGGGCCUUGUUGUGCCACAUGGUUCCCUUUGCUCAGGCCUUGAGCGUGCAUGUAUCCAUCCUCACUCUGACAGUGAUCGCUCUGGAGCGUUACCGCUGCAUCGUCUUCCACCUUGGUCGACGUCUGACAUGGCAUUCCAGUUUCCUCAUCAUGGCCUUCACUUGGACCAUGUCUGCUAUCCUGGCAGCACCUCUGGCCAUUUUCAGAGAGUACCGCCAUGAGCAGAUCCUGUCUAUUAACAUGGAUUUCACUGUUUGUUCGGAGAAGUGGCCCCAUGGUACAAGCAGAGACGGGGUCAUCUACAGCCUGUCCAUGUUGCUCCUUCAAUACAUUAUCCCCUUGGCCAUCAUCAGCUAUGCCUACAUCUGCAUCUGGGUCAAACUGAAGAACCACGUCAGCCCGUCCAGCCGCAAUGACAGCAUCAGCCGUCGUAAAAAGACCACCAAGAUGCUGGCGCUGGUGGUGGUGGUGUUCGCAGUCUGCUGGCUGCCGUUCCAUGUGUUUCAGCUGGCCAGUGACCUGGAUCUGGCGCUCAGGCUCAAGGAGUACAAACUGAUAUACACAGUGUUUCACAUCAUAGCCAUGUGCUCAACUUUUGCCAACCCUCUCUUGUACGGGUGGAUGAAUAAAAACUACAGGACUGGCUUCCUCAUGGUCUUCCGCUGUGAGGAUAAGCCGGAUUCUUUCCACCCUGACGGGUCAUUCAGGACUCGCUCAACAAGAGGGCUGACUCUGAAUGGUCGCAAUGGCGGACAUCCUCCGACUGCUGUGUGAGAUUAACGUGAAUGAAAAGCCAGUUUGUGACUGAACACGUCGAAAGCACCUAAAGUUUGUGGUGCUUGAGGUUUCAAAAGUAGCCUUUUGACUUGAAUGGUCUGAGCCUGAGUAUCUUUGUCACUGGAGCGUUUUUGCAUGCACAUUGUUUUCUGUAUGACCCGUCUUUCCUAUGUAAAUGGUACUUGUGAAAAAGCACUUAUCAAACCUAUUCAGAUAUGUGUUUUAAAUGUUUACUAUGGUGUUAUUUAACUUGGUAAACUGUAAAAUGUGUUUCCUGUAACUGCUGAAUUCUUGUUACGUCCAGUUUAUGCACUCUGUUGCAUACGUCUCUUAUCUUUGGCUAUAUAUGUGAAAAAAAACAUCAUGAAGGGAAGAGAGAAAUCAAUAUGACUGUGAUGAAAUUUAAUUUUUCACACUCAUUUUCCUCUUUGUUGGCUGUCCUAAGCAUUUGGACGAUUUUUGCUUGAUUAUUCCAAAUACUGGCUUUUGGGUUUAUCCAUUUAGACCUCAUCCAAGGAAUCCAGAAGAGGCUAUCCAUGGUUUUCUUUCCAUGCAGGAAAUUAAUUGCUUUUACCUGACAGCCAGCUGUUCAACAUUACACAGAGCUGCAGGCCUCUGUGUCUGAAGGAAUGGGAUUGAAAACGACUGAAGAUUGUAAAGAAAGAGCAGGAGAUUCUUGAUGUCUUCAUAGCAGUAUGAAUCAAGCUGCUUUGAGGACAUGUAAAAGAAACGGCAGUUAAAAGGUAAUCAAAACAUGUAUUUGUACAGCUGCUGAUGUGGUCUUUUUUCACGACUUUUACUUACAAACAGAUGAACAUUUCUGCACAACUGUGCCUCUGGGCAAACUCCAGGGUCUUUUUUGCACAUAUCUCCUGUUGUUGUUGAGACCAUCUGGAGGAAUUAUGAUUUUUUUUUUCCCUCCUAGUUAAAUAAACAAGCUUGUGGGGAGCCAAAAUAAAUGCAUCUAAUUAGAAGAGAAGCAAGGUAAGUGUGUGUUGUAAUCUGUAUGUAAGCACAAUAAAAGAAAAUGUGACACAUGACACAAGGCAUGAAAAACACCAACACUAUACCAAGACCAGUCAACAAACUUUUAGGUUAGAAGUUCACCUUCCACACUGAAAAUACAAGAUAAACUGCACAACCCAGUCAAUGAAGGGGAGACCGAUACAUAAAGAUAUACAGACAAUGCAUUUCAUAAAACUCAAGUUCAUUUAAAUGAUACAAACUUUCAGACUCCAUUUGAACAAAACUCAAAAUGAACCCAUGAUUCCAAAUACCAUCCAAUAAAGCAUUAAAUGAACAA